CUCUGCAGACUCUCUAUGAGUCCAUUUGUUUCCACUCGUCGUUCAUCUGGAAUGAAGUCAGAGACGAAGACUGGAGAGGAAGAGGAGGGAGGAAGAGACAGAGAGAGAGUGAGAGACGUGAGGACGAAGGAAGAGAGAAAACAGGAUCUGGAGCAGAAGCUGUCAGUCAUCCUGUUUGGACCAAUCAGGUGGCAGAGAGAGCAAGCAUCGCCAUGACAGAGUGACGGCCAGGCAGAGCCAUGAUGGCAAGCAUCAAAAAACAUCUGAACCUUCUGCACCUUCUGUUAGGCGUGAUUUUCAUUGGUCCUGAUGGGGUUGAUUCUCUGGAGUUGGUACCUUCAGCCUCUCAAGUCCUGCUGGCCUCAAACUCCAACUACACAGUGGUGUGUUCUGGGUGGAGCGAGGUGACGUGGAGGUUAACUGAGGACUCUCAGGUGGAAGGCGUCGUGGUCCAGAAUCAGGGGUCCAGUAGCGAGCUGCAGCUGGUUAACGCUACCUGGAGGAAUUCUGGGAGAUACACCUGUGAGGAGGAGUCAUCUGACCAGAGCCGAUAUGUGGACAUAUUCAUUCCGGGAAAAGGUCCGGAUGAGUGGUUCAUCCCGUCGGUUCCAGGUUUGGUGAUGAAGGAGACAGAGGAAGACACCAUCCCCUGCGUGGUGUCUGACCCCCAUCUCAAUGUCUCUCUGUACGAGCGCGGCAAACAGACAGCCGUUGUCGGGAUGGCGUACGAGCCGGGACGCGGCUUCACGGGACAUCUCAACGACACGUCGUACGUCUGUGUCGCCGUUCGAGGACACGAGGAAAAAACUUCCCAGGUGUUCUAUGUCUUCAGCAUUGUAGUGCCUAAGGUGAUGGAGGUGGAUCUAUGGGUGUCCAGCAGUGUGUUGAAGAGGGGGGAGGUGCUCACAGUGAACUGUACUGUCAGAGACACUGAGAUGGUUUUCUUCUCUUGGAACUUUCCCCGUAGUCAGGACAUCCAGCCUCUGACAGAAUUUCUACCCAAUCAGAUCCGUUCCUUCAUUAACAUCACCGCGGUGACGGCAGCGGAUUCAGGUGUGUAUGCGUGUGAAGUUCAGGAGACGAAGGAGGGACGGACUGUGGAGAAAAAUGUUACAGUGAGAGUGCUGGAUCGGGGGUACGUCUACCUGUGGCCUUCAGGGGAGGCCAACACGUCGUCCCUCCUCCAUCACACGGUGGAGUUCAGCGUGGAGAUCGAUGCCCACCCACCUCCAACUGUCCAGUGGACAAGAAACAACCAGACGAUCGCCACGGAAACCACUUCUACUGCCACCAAGCACAUAACGGGCAGUAGGUAUAUGAGCACAUUGAGGCUGGUGCGGGUGCAGCUGGAUCAGGCAGGAAGUUACGCGGCAACAGCGUCCAAUGAGGACGAUGAAGACCAGGUCGUCUUCCAGCUGGAGGUCAAAGCUGCCCCAAGGAUCACAGCUCUCUCAGAGGUUGACAGUAAAACUGUACUGUGUGUCAGUGAGGGAACUCCGCCCCCUACAGUCACCUGGUACACCUGUCACAACUCCGACGGGUGCAGCACUUCGAGCGGCAGCUGGACGAGCCUCCUAGAAUCCUCGGAGGGCGUGACUCUGCAGAGCAACGUCAGUCAGGUGGAAAGGGGCGUCGCCCAGGUACGCAGUGUGUUGACUCUCCAGUCUCUCAACUCUGUGUCGGCCGUCCGCUGUGAAGUGAGAAACUCUGCAGGAGGACGAGCACGCGACCUCCGAGUACUCUCUACCUCUCUCCUGUCCCAGGUUGCCGUGCUCGUUGUAGUUUUGGUUCUUGUCAUUGUUGCUGUCAUCUUUCUCAUCAUCCUCAUCGUCCUCUGGAGAAAGAAGCCUGGUUAUGAAGUACGUUGGAAAGUGAUUGAGACAGUUAGUCCUGAUGGACAGCAGUACACCUACCUUGACCCCACCCACCUACCCUACAAUGCCACCUGGGAAAUACCACGAGACCGUAUAGUACUAGGUCAGGUUCUGGGUUCAGGUGCAUUUGGACGUGUUGUUGAGGCAACUGUCUCUGGCCUGAUUCACUCUGAUUCUACAACUAAAGUGGCUGUAAAGAUGGUGAAACAGAGGAGGGAUGCGGUUCAGUCUCUCAUGUCGGAGUUGAAGGUUUUGGUUCAUCUCGGCCCUCAUCUGAAUGUUGUUAACCUGCUUGGAGCGUCCACCAGAGGAGGUCCGAUCUACCUGAUCACGGAGUUCUGUCGCCACGGUGACCUGGUGAACUACCUGCAGAAGAACAAGCAUUCCUUCCUCCAAGGAGACACUCAGAGUGGGAGUGAUGGUGGCUACAUGGACAUGAACAAAGAGGAGAGCGUUCAGUAUGUCGCCAUGAAGGAGCUCAACUAUGCCGACAUCGAACCUGCAGUAUAUGAGACCCCGGACACGCCUGCAGACCAGCAGGAGGCUCCAGCGCUCCUCCUCAGUGACUCUCCCCUCCUCAGCCUGCAGGACCUUCUCAGUUUCUCCUUCCAGGUCUCUCAGGCCAUGAACUUCCUGUCCUCUAGAAAGUGUGUCCACAGAGACCUGGCAGCGAGGAACGUGCUGGUGUGCGAGGGGAAGCUGGUGAAGGUUGGGGACUUCGGAUUGGCUCGAGACAUGCUAAAGGAUCAAAAUUACGUCGCCCGUGGAAACAGCUUCCUGCCAUUGAAGUGGAUGGCUCCAGAGAGUAUCUUCCAGAACAUCUACAGCUCUCAGAGUGACGUGUGGUCCUACGGAGUGCUGCUGUGGGAGAUCUUCUCUCUGGGUUCCAGUCCGUACUCUGAACUGCCCAUGACCCAGGAGUUCUGCUCCGCUCUGAAGAGAGGACACAGGAUGAGUCGGCCACAACACGCUCCUCCUCACAUGUAUGAACUGAUGAAGCAGUGCUGGGACGACAAGCCUCAGUCCAGACCAUCUUUCUCCUCAAUAGUAGCCACUGUGGGGAACCUGCUCAGUGACGACUACAAGCAGCGUUACCUGCAGCUGACUGAAGAGUUCGUGAAAGGAAAAAAUCCUGCUGUCAAUCAGUCAAGACUGAGUUCAUCCAGACAGGAAGACAACAGAGACACACAUGGAAGCUCCGCCCCUCAGGUGACAGUUGACCUCUUGGAGGCGGAGCCAGUGGAGGCGGGCCCCUCUCACGGUACUUACAUCCUCCCUGCCGCUGACGUCACCAUAGAAACUGACAGCAACGCUGCGCUGGACGCAGUCAGCCCUCAGCUGGACGAAUCUCUGGUGGAGCCUCCUACAGCGCCCCCUGCAGACCAGGAGGAGGAGGAGGACAGCAACCUUUGAUGCUUUCAGCACUCUGAAAAACAAGGUGCUGGGCUAAGAAGUGUUGACCUCCAGGCCGAACUCUUGUAUACUCUCAUGUAUUCUGAUAGUUUGAGCUUCUGUUUAUUAAACUGCUUCUAGAUUCUGACGCAAGCGUCCAAUAAAGUAUGUUCAUUCC